GCCCAGUGGACACCCGGCUCUGGAGCAUCGGGAGUAGGUUUGAAACAUCAAAGAAUUUCUGAAUGGGUAUCUUGAAAACAAAAACAUCAGUUCUUCAGUGCAACAUCAGUUCUGCUGUCUUUGUCAACUCACCAGCAUUUGAAAACAAUCAGUCUCUGAAUGUAGAGGAGGAGAUGUUUGAGAAGACAGCACAGCAGUCACAGCAAGGAGAAUCCGAACACGUGUUCAGUGUAGGGGUGAGAUUUGCAUGAACCCACCUGGAGAUAAAGCUUCUAAUUGUCUUCAGAUUAUCAAAGGAGUGACCAGAUAUUCUCUUUGUAGCACCGAUAGAUCAGUUGUCAAUCCUUGGAGAUGAAGAUGUAUCUCAUCCCAGCUGGAUAUGUGUUUUGGGUCUGAAAGGAAACAUUCUGUUUUAACUCAGUGAAAUUCACUGGAACCGGGGUGCUGAGAACACACCAGCAUUUGUUCACCAGAGAUCAGUUCUUCAACUGCAAUGAUUUUACACGGGGUUCACUAUGACUAACAUCUGACUUGGUGAAUUGUCAGACAAUUGAUAUCAUUCACCUGCUCUCAGUGUGGGCAUGAAUUAUCUCACUCAGCCAACCUGCAGAUAUACCAGUGAGUUCACACUGGGGAGAGGCCAAUGAUCUGCUCUUUGGGAGAGGAUAUACUCAGUCAUCCAACCUGAAGAUACAUCAGCAAGUUCACACUAUAGUGAGGCGGUUCACCUGUUCUGCAGGAAGCAAUUGAUUCUGUCAUCCAAACUGAAGACUUCAGACUGGGGUGUCGGAGUUUGGAUUUCAGUUCAGACACGGUCUGUAAGGAGUUUGUACGUCUUUGCCGUGACCACAUGGUUUUCCUCCAGGUGCUCUAGUUUCCUCUCACAGUCCAAGGACAUAUCGGAUAAUAGGUUAAUUGGUCAUUGUAAAUUGUACUCUGACAGAGCUGGGUUAACAGGUGGAUUGCUGGAUGGAGCAGCUGAUUGGGCUGAAGAGGCCUGUUCCAUGCUGUAUCUCCAAAUAAAAUCAAAUAAAAUCCACACCAGUGAGAGGCCGUUCACCUGCUCCUUGUGAGAAGAGAUUGACUCACCAAGUCUACGUGCAGAUACAUAAACAGGUUCGAGAGAGAGAGAGAGAGAUAUUGAGAGAUUGUUCCACAGUUCAGUGUGUGGACAGGGAUUCAUUAAUACAUCCCACAUGAUGAGACAACAGCAAGUUCAAACUGGGGAGAGACCAUUCACCUGCUCUGAAUGCGGGAAGGGAUUUACUUGCCCAUCAAAACUGCUUUCACACCAGCGAGUUCACACCAGGGAGAGGCCGUUCACUUGCUCUGAAUGUGGGAAGGGAUUUACUGAGUCUUGUAAUUUACUGGUGCACCAACGAGUUCACACUGGGGAGAAACCAUAUACUUGUUCUGAAUGUGGGAAGGGAUUUACUCAGUCAUGUAACCUACUGACACACCAGCGAAUUCAUACUGGGGAGAGACCGUUCACUUGCUCCGAAUGUGGGAAAGGAUUUACUCUGCAAUCUCACUUAAGGACACACCAGCGACUUCACACUGGGGAGAGGCCGUUCACCUGCUCCGAAUGUGGAAAGGGAUUUACUCUGUCAUCUCACCUAUUGGCACACCAGCGAAUUCAUACUGGGGAGAGACCGUUCACCUGCUCUGAAUGUGGGAAAGGAUUUACUCUGCAAUCUCAGUUACGGACACACCAGCGACUUCACACUGGGGAGAGGCCGUUCACCUGCUCCGAAUGUGGAAAGGGAUUUACUCUGUCAUCUCACCUAUUGGCACACCAACGAAUUCAUACUGGGGAGAGACCAUUCAUUUGCUCUGAAUGUGGGAAAGGAUUUACUCUGCAAUCUCACUUAAGGACACACCAGCGAAUUCACACUGGGGAGAGGCCGUUCACCUGCUCUGAAUGUGGAAAGGGAUUUACCGGGUCAUCUAACCUAUUGGCACACCAGCGAAUUCACAGUGGUGAGAGACCAUUCACUUGCUCUGAAUGUGGGAAGGGAUUUACUCGGUCUUCUAACCUAUUGACACACCAGCGAAUUCACACUGGGGAGAGCCCGUUCACCUGCUCUGAAUGUGGGAAAAGAUUCACUCAAUCAGCCCACCUUGUGACGCACUACCGAGUUCACACUCGGGAAAGUGUUUAAAUAAGAAGCCUGCUGGAUAUUUAACCCUCACAGUUUCUGAAUCCAGAGACAAACUCAAAAGUGACUGUUGGUGUCAGACUGUAAUUAUUGCUGCUCUCAUCAAACCAAGUCUGCACCCUAGUGACUGGGAUGGGAGGUGUUUCUUAAUGCUAAUGUAAUGGGAAUGGAGUUUAAUAUUCUGGA